AUGAAUCUCCGUCUCAUCACCUUCAUCGCUGCACUCGCCACUGGUUCCUCCACAACUCACGCUGGGAAAUGUCCAUUCGGUUUCGAUGUAGUCGCAAGUGUGAAACUGCAAGAGCGUCAGAUCUCCAGUGAGCUCUACAGCUCCACGAGCUGCGACGUGGUCGACUAUGAUCUGGUCAAACAGGAUCUGGAGAAACUCAUGACCGACUCGCAAGCCGUCUGGCCUGCAGACUUUGGCCAUUACGGCGGUUUCUUCAUCCAUUUUGCGUGGCGCUGCAGUGGGUCCUAUCGCCAAUCAGAUGGACGUGGAGGUUGUGACGGUGCUCGAGUCCGCUUUCUACCGGAGCAAAUGUGGGGGGACAAUCGGAACUUGGACAAAGGCUUUCGUCUCUUGGACCCCAUCAAGGCCAAGUACGGUGACGCCUUGUCCUGGGGCGACCUCAUCAUCUUGUCGGGUAAUGUAGCCAUCAAGAGUGUCGGAGGUCCCGUGCUCGGCUUUUGUGGUGGCCGUCGGGACGACGUUGAUGGGGCCAGCAGCGUGCCGCUUAAUUCAACAUUUCAUCCAGCAGUCGAUGCACCUUGUGCCGUGACGGGGCAGUGUGAGAAACCAUCAGGACCUACUACUACGGGCCGCAUCGCCGCGAACCCGGAAGGUCCAAAGAACAAGCCGGACCCUGUUGGAUCAGCUCUGGAAGUGCGUGACAUGUUUACUCGCAUGGGCAUGAACGAUCGCGAGACAGUAGCUCUCAUUGGUGGUGGACACGCUAUUGGGAAGGCACACGGUGCCUGUCUGACUGGUCCUGGUUCGUCUCCGCUCGAGGAUCCUGGGAACCCAUGGCCCGGAACCUGUGGCGAAGGCGAGAUGAAGGGCAAGGGGAACAACACGUUCACUAGUGGAUUCGAGGGUGCGUGGACGUCCACCCCGACCAAAUGGAGCAAUGAGUACUUCAAGAGCCUCACGCAAUUGACGUGGGAGACGUAUGUCGGACCGGGAGGUCGAACGCAGUGGCGCCCCGUACCGGACACGCCUGUACCUAUUCGGAUGCUCACGUCCGAUAUGGCACUGGUGAACGACGCGAGCUACCACAAGCUUUCGCUCGAAUUCGCUGCUGACCAAGCAGCAUUGGACGACGCCUUUGCUCACGCCUGGUACAAGUUGACGUCAUAUGAUAUGGGUCCCGUGGCUCGAUGCCGUGGCAACGACGUGCCCCCAGCGCAGCCGUUCCAAAACCCACUACCACCGACACCUGCAACUUUGCCGGAUUUUGGUGCUGUGCGUCGUGACGUUCGUGAUCUGUUGAAGAAGUCGGUAGACGGUCUACCGAGCGACUUGACCAGCGAUGGGACGCCGUAUAACGGUGCUUUGUUUGUGCAUGCAGCGUGGCAGUGUGCAUCAUCAUUUCGUGUCACUGACUACGCUGGUGGCAGCAACGGCGCCAAGAUCCGGUUUUCGCCGCAGAAAGACUGGCCUAUGAACGCUGGCGUUGACAAGAUCAUUGCUGCGCUAGAGCCGAUCAAGGCAAAGUACGCGACGCUCUCGACUGCUGAUCUGAUUGUACUCGCAGGACAAGUAGCACUGGAAGACAGUGGAGACGUGAAAAUCGACUUCCUGGGUGGUCGAACGGACGGUCAGAGUGGCAAGGGGGAUGAGAUUCUAGUCCCGCGUGACUACUACCCUUCGGUUCUGGUCGGUGUGCUCGACAACAUCAAGAUCCUGGGUGUGUCGCCGGAAGAGGCCGUUGCUCUGGCUGGACGACCCCGCAGUGUCGAGCAGCAGAAGGUACUUGGCUACAGCGGCUCGUACUCUGACAACUCGGUCGCUUUCUCAAACGAGUACUUCAAGAUUCUGCUGAACGAGAAGUGGAACCAGGCGGGAUCGAACGAGUUCAGGGCUGAAGGCAAGGAAGUUUACAUGAUGUCGACGGAUGUGGCACUGUUGUACGCGCCUGAGCUUAAGAUGGCCGUGGAACGGUUUGCCAACGACGAGGCAUUGUUCAAGAAGGUCUUUGCAUCGGCCUGGGCCAAGGUCAUGACGGCCGACCACUUCAAUGCCAGCAGCUAUUGA